AUGUCUGCCAUUUCUGAUAGUGAUACUGAAACAGAGGUCAUUUCUAGAAACCUGUGCGGUGUGGUCGAUAUAGGUUCCAAUGGUAUACGAUUUAGCAUUUCUUCCAAAGCUGCUCAUCAUGCAAGAAUAAUGCCCUGUGUCUUUAAGGACAGGGUCGGAAUCUCGCUAUUUGAAGUGCAGUAUGCUGCUAAUUCUCUAGAAAAGGAACCAAUCCCUGAAGAUAUAAUCAAUGACAUUAGAGCUGCCAUGAAGAGAUUUAAAUUGAUCUGUGAAGAUUUUGGUGUACCUCAAUCCAGUGUUAGAGUUGUUGCGACAGAGGCUACAAGAGAGGCAUUGAACUCCGUGGUGUUUACAGAAGCCAUCCAUGAUUCCACAGGCUGGGAAGUAGAAUUGUUGACUAGAGAGGAUGAAGGUAGAAUUGGUGCCUAUGGUGUUGUUUCCUCAUUUAACAUAGUCAAUGGAUUGUAUAUGGACUUAGGAGGUGGUAGCACCCAAUUAUCCUGGAUCAAAUGUAUCAAUGGUGAAGUUGAGCAGUCUUCCACACCGGUUUCAUUGCCCUAUGGUGCUGGUGCACUGGCGAGACGUCUCCACUCAGAAGACAAAAGAGCACUUUUCUUAGAAAUCAAAAAGGCUUAUAGUGGGGCCAUUGAAAGAAUUGGUAUUCCUGAAGAAAUGCUGCUGGACGCUAAAGAGAAAGGAGGCUUUGAUCUCUAUACUUGCGGUGGUGGUUUAAGAGGUAUGGGCCACUUGUUACUUUCCCAAUCAAAGGAUUAUCCUAUCCAAACAAUUAUCAAUGGAUUUUCUUGUUCAUACGAAGAGUUCUCAUCCAUGUCUGAUUAUCUUUUCCUCAAGAAUAAAGUGCCUGGAUCCAAAGAUACCAAGAUUUUUAAAGUUUCUGAAAGAAGAGCGUCACAAUUACCUGCCGUGGGUUUGUUGAUGAGUGCUGCCUUUGAAUCUCUGCCGCAAAUUAAAACUGUACACUUCAGCGAAGGCGGUGUGAGAGAAGGUACCCUAUAUUCAAUCCUACCGAGAGAAAUUCGUGCGCAAGAUCCGUUGAUCGUCGCCACGAGGCCCUACGCUCCUUUGCUUGCAUCCAAAUAUUUGGAACUUCUAAUGACUGCAAUCCCGGUUAAAGACGUACCACCUAUCGUCUAUAAGAGAGUUGCACCUGCGCUAUGCAACUUGGCAUUUGUACAUGCAUCGUAUCCAAAGGAACUUCAACCUACAGCCUCCCUUCAUGUUGCCACGGCGGGUAUCAUUGCUGGUUGUCAUGGCCUUUCACACAGAGCUAGAGCACUCAUAGGUAUCGCACUGUGUAGCAGGUGGGGUGGUGAUAUACCUGAAGGCGAAGAGAAAUACAUGGAUCUUCUAAAAAAUGUGGUUCUACGUGAUGGGGAUAAAUCUGAAAGGAAAAGGGUAAUAUUCUGGACUAAAUAUAUUGGUACCAUCAUGUAUGUCAUCUGUGGUGUACAUCCGGGCGGUAAUAUAAGAGAUGGUGCCUUCAAUUUCUCCAUUCUUGAAAAGGAAGAAGGUGAGAAUGAAGUCAGAGAACUAACAAAUGAUGAAGCUAUGACACCAACCCCCGGAGAUGCUAACAACCGCAAGAAACGUGAAUUCGAGGUCGUAGUUAAGAUUAGCAAGGAUGAUCUGAAGACUAGUGCCUCCGUGCGUUCCAGAAUCAUAACGCUGCAGAAGAAGAUAAGGAAACUGUCACGCGGAAGCUCUGUUAAAGUUAAGAUCAGUGUACAAUAUGCUGAAAUACAUUGA